AUGUCUCUUUCAUCUUUCUUCCCGACCAAAUUCCUCUCUCGACCUCCAGAACCACCCGCCCUCGCUCAACUUCGGGAGCUACUUGAAACUUUACCAGUUGGACGCCAAUACAACUUUACGGCGGAUGUGCGAGCAGAAAUUCUUGUUGCUUUGUACGACGCGUUCUGGGGUGGACACGCGGAGCUUUUUCUUCCUCCAGGCAACACAGUAGUUCCUAUCCAUCGACUUCUCAGCGAAUGCCAGACGGAAACCGGGAUGGUUCGGGAGGACGUGGUCGUACCAGGGCGACCUUGUACCCAUGUGUUCAAGAAGGGUGAAAGUUGCUAUCGAUGCAAGGACUGCACACUCGACGAUAGCUGUGUUCUCUGCUCGCGAUGCUUCCAUGCGACACAACAUGAGGGCCAUAAUGUUUCAUUCUUUAUCGCUCAACAGCCUGGCGGUUGCUGCGACUGUGGCGACGAUGAAGCUUGGCGCAGCGUUAUAAACUGCCCUUUCCACCCCAUUUUACCCACCUCGCCACCACCUCGCACCUACAACCGGCCAAUUCCAGAUGAUGUGCCUGUUGUGCCCAAUUACCCAUUACGAGUAACGGUUCCGACUGACCUCCGGGACUCGAUGACUCGGACCGUCGCCCUGGCGCUUGACUUCAUAUUGGAAACACUUGAUUAUUCGCCUGAUGAACCAACCAUUCCUGCUGACGAAGGCAGUCUGCGGCUACAACCCAGUGCUGAUCCAGCAUUGCGAGAACAUUACUGCGUGGUGUUAUGGAAUGAUGACAAGCAUUCUUACGAGGAAGUCACCAAGCUCCUUACGGAUUUGACGGGCGUUUCGAAGGAAGAUGCGGGCGAGAUUACCAGGCGGAUCGAUGAAGAGGGUCGUGGCGUUGUCGCAUCAUCAGCGGACGCCGCUCGACUACUCACAAUUGCCCAUAGACUCGCCCAAAUCGACCUUGGAGUCACUAUUCGUCGCGGGCACGACACAUUUCGUGAAUGUAUCCUCGCCGUUCUGAUUGAGUGGCUUCUCGAUCUCACUCGGGCUCAGCUUGGUAGCGAUGCUCUCAUUCUGAAGGAAAUCGUCGGAAAAGAGCUCCUUACCCCUCCUCGAGCGAAACUUACGAGUCAUUCGGAGGUGCCGAACAGAACAAGGAUCGAUUGUCUGUUCUUGGACCACACCAAGCUAUGGAAGAGUCCGCGACUUAUGAUCAAGGAAAUAUACGCAGGCAUUCUGGGCCUGAGCCGCGACUGGAAAUUGGCUAUAGCUGGUCAUUUUGCGUCUGUCUACCCUCUGUUGGUUUCGUCAUACCUACUUGUCGACCGUGAAGCAGAAACUUCAAUCAAGUAUUUCGCGCUUCAGUUGUUCACUGUUCCCUCUGCCUCAUAUCAUGUUGUCCGAAAUCACCGACUCGUCAGCAGGAUUCUUGGGCUUAUCCAGGGUUUCUUCUUGAAUCGUAUCGAAGGCAAAAGAGUUGUGUGUAUCGGUAUGGGUGAUUCUGGGUCCUCUCUGACAUUGACGUAUCCCCCUGUUGACCCGGAUUCGCCACCAUUCAAGUCCAAACGCUUUAUGCCCGUUUUCUCAGACUUGCGAUACCUCUGUCAUACUCUACCUGUUCAGCGUCUAAUUGCUGCGGACCCGCGUGGGUAUGUUGGAAUGUUUGCACGCACAUGUGCAAUCUUUGUUGGUGUUGGACCGAAUCGACGCGCUGUAACGAGUCAUGUCGAAUAUGAGAACGAUGCUUGGAUUAGCGUGUUCAAUGUCACCCUUAGUCUGGGACGUGUUGUGAAGGUAUUUGGAGAAGCAUUUGGGGGCGGGCGCUCAACCACUACAAAUCUCAUCACUGCCAUCGGCAUUGUCCUUCACCAUAUACUUGUCGUCUGCGCUGGCGCUGGUACCGGCUCCCCGGAAGACACCGAGCCUGAUGGUGGACGAUUAAUCGAAUUUCAUGAAGCCGCGUUUGGAUGCGCAUCGACGACUCUACCCACGGAAGCUAUCUCUGAACAAAGUUCAAGACGCCAAUACACCCUCGUCAAAUUUGAUGUCUCUUCUGGCCCAGUGUCGUUCCACCAUUCACUUCAUUGGCUGUUGGCCGAGCUGCUGAAGCACGUGGAUGUCCUGGAUCCUUUGUAUGCUGGACCUGCUAGUGGAUUGGGAGGGAGUAUCAACGCUGGUUCGAGCUUGGGAUCUCCGAACGCCACCCACGAGAUGGCUGGUGGAUUGGGAGAAGUAUUUGGGCGGCUCUUGGUCAAGAGUGGCUCGGUUGGGAGCUCAUGGAGCAGCACAGCUUCCACCACCAGCUGGAAGACCGAUUCAGUCAAGCCCGCUAUAACCGGCGACAGUGUAAUGACAGAUGAGAGUCGGAGGAAGAUGCUAGCUGUUGUGGACUUUCCCUUGCGAGUCUUGGCGAUGAUCGCACAAAUCAGAACGGGCCUCUGGGUCCGCAACGGCUUUGUUAUACGUGGCCAACUCCUGCACUAUCGUGAUUUUAUGUUGCGAGAACUUUGCUAUGACCAGGAUCUAUUCAUUCUGCAGUCCGCUCUGGUCAUUCUUGACUGUGAUACGGUGUUUGUUUCGAUACUCGACCGUUUCGGUGUCAGGGAGUUUUUUGAUCCCGAGACCACUCGAGAAGAAAUCCCUCCGUCCUCAAGCUCAAGCACGUCUUCUUCUUCGAGUUCAUUUGCAAGUACAACAUCAUCUGUUGGCUCUACGACCCCGGGGACCUCCACGCCUUCCGCUUUCCUUCUUCAUUCAACCUACGAGCCUGCUCAGCUUGCAAAUAUGGUCGAAGAGCUGCUUUAUGUCAUCAUCACUAUCCUAAGUGAAAAUGCAUCGGCUUCGGGAAUGUCCAUAGAGCAAGCCGUUCGUCGAGAAAUCGUCCAUGCUCUUGCUAUCGGCCCUUGCGUAUUCACCGACCUCGUAAAACGGGUGGCAGAGCGUCUUGUCGAAGACGUCUGCUUUGAGCGCGUAUUAGGCGAAGUGGCCAAGUUCCGCGCUCCUGAAGGUUCAGGCAAUGGUGGCGGUGGCGGUGCUGACGUUGGCACCUACGAAUUGAGGGACGAGGUUUACGACGAGGUCAACCCCUUCUUCUUCCAUUACACCCGGAAUCGUCGGGAAGAGGUCGAAGGCGUGUUGCUGGCUCGAUUAAGGAAGACAAUGGGUGUCCAGGAUCCUGUGAUCGUGCCAAAACCCAUGGGAAUCGAACGCGGACCGUUUGUCAACUUGGCAGCAUGCUUUGAGUCCGAAGUACUGCUUCAAAUCAUGUUCUAUGCUCUGCACAAUAUUCUUGUCCUUACGGAUGCGGAAGGUUCUAGUGGGGCGGUUCCGUCGUCAGCCGAGGCGAUUUUGGACAUGACGCUUCACUUGAUAAUGUUGGGAGUGGUUGAGCGGAAGGAGGGUUUCGCCAAACUGUUGGUGGGUCGGUGGUUCCCUACUGGAGAGCUUCAGCCACUGCGACUGCUGGACGUAAUUUGGCGGGUUGGUGAGCACGAAAAGUAUCGCAAGAUUUACGGGGCAAGAGUUGACUGGAUAUUGGGGCAGAUGGAGGCUGUUCCUGGUGUUCGAGAAGAAGUUCUCAGUCGAAAGGGGAUCGUUCAAGACUCUGCUGAUGCCGCUUCUGGUGGGAAAAAGGCUGAUGCUGAGGAUGCAAGGAAGCGGGCGAUGGCUAAAGCGAGACAAGAGGCGCUAAUGCGGCAAAUGAAGGCCCAGCAAGCAAGUUUUGCAUUCAAUCUCGAGGAAGAGGGUAUGGACGAAGACGGUGAUGGCGACGAGCCGAUGGAAGAUGCAGCCGAUGAAGAUCGCGUUUCAUUUGGCACUUGCAUUGUCUGCCAAGAAGACCUCAAUGCUCUACGACCUUUUGGCAUGCUCGGGCUGAUCCAACCGAGUCGAUUCAUACGGAGACAUCCAGACAGUCAUAACGCCUAUCUCAACGAGGUACUACAGACACCGGCAUCAAUGGAUCGUAUACCGCAAAGCACUGCGGCAAUGAACAAAUUCCCUCCUCCCCAAGCUGAAGCACUCGAUGCCAAAGCCAGCUCUUCCAGCCACUUUGACGGCUUCCCGACCCAAUUUACGCGUUUUGGACUCCAUUCUUCUGUUUGCACCCAUAUGAUGCAUCUAGACUGCUUCCAAGUCUACAGUGUCUCCAUCCGGCAGCGACAUCGCACUCAGUCAACUCGAAACCAUCCAGAGAGCAUUCCAAGAAAGGAAUACAUUUGUCCAUUGUGUAAAAGCCUCGGCAAUGUCAUUUUGCCUGUUACCAAUCCACCGAAGACAGCCCUGAUCCAUACGCCGUUUCCUGACUGGAUUCGCUCUGCGGGAAUUGGUAUCCUCAAGUCAAAACCCGACCCUUUGCUUGACUCUCUACAGUUCCGGAAUGGGACUGGUGAGUUUGUCUUCUGGAGCGCCCAAGAUCCAGGCUACAAUACCACGAUGAGAAGUACAGACAGAUGGGAAGGAACUGAGGCUGCAAAGAUGAUUGAUACUGUCAUGGUCGUUGCCAAGUCAGUUUCUCAGCAAACCAGACACUUGAGGGACAGACCUGAGCCCGAGGUUGGUGAGCGAGGAGCAGGCAUCUAUCUUCCUGAAGAAGUGAUUGGGUACACGAUAUGCGCGAUCGAGAUCGCCCAAAGGAGCGUGGAGGCCGCGAACAGUGGGAUGGUGGUUGACAACCUUUCGGACGCGCAAAUGGGUAUGAUUCGCGGGCUGUUGACUUGUCUAGCCAAACUUGCUGCCUUGCAUUUCAAGGACCGGGCCGACGAAGGCCGUGAUGCCGUCAAACAAGCCAUCAUCAAGCGACUACUUCCCGAAUGGAGUCGGACAUCCCUCACCUCGUUUUCGUACCCGCUUCUUCUGCGAGACCCGUUUACAGUGCUAGUCGAGACCGCUGCUGUUGCUCCGGAGAUGCUGCGUCACGUGCUCAUUUUGGCAUACUAUGCGUGUCUUGCGCGGACGGUGAUUGGGCUUGUCUAUGUUUUAAACAAGACGCGAAGCCAUAGCACCACUCAAGUACCUCGACGGGCGCAUGAAGACAUCUUUGGUGAUGUCAGGAUGUUUUUCAUGAGUGUCGUGAGGCAUUCUCCCGUUUUCGAACAUACGGCGACCCUUGUGUUUGAGACAUUUGGUGAAGCAAGGAUCGAAAAGCUGCUGUACACUUUCACGCUGCCAUUCCUUCGGCGAGCAGCCAUUCUCUGCCGCUCAGUACUUCCUGCGUCAUUCCCCACCCCGUCUGCAUCCAGCGAUGUUUGCGAGUACAAUCGACUCCUCACAUUGCUCAAUAUUCCCGCUCUUUCUGAUCUCCCCAAUCAGGAUACGCUGCAAAACGCGUUGUCGGGUUGGUGUGCUCACUAUGGUCAUUCGCAUGCCGCGUCACAACUCAAUUGUGGCGUCGUUCUGGAUUAUCCAGCGACUUAUAAACUAGCGCGGCUUCCGCUGGUUCUCGACAACCUGUUUGGGGUGGGACAGCAGGAGCGUGCUUUGACAUGUAGUCGUUGCCUGACAAUGCCUGUUGAUGCGGCAAUCUGUCUGUUGUGUGGGACGACUGUUUGCAUGCAGAGCGACUGUUGCCGAGACGAAGAUGGGGAGCGGGAGCGCGGGGAGUGCAAUAUGCAUCUUCGCGACUGUGGGGGUGCUAUUGGCGUCUACUUCCUCGUGAAGCGGUGCAUGCUGCUCUACAUAUACGCCAACAACGGAACAUUUGCUCCCCCGCCAUAUCUUGACGCCCAUGGCGAGGUCGACAUUUCCAUGCGGCGCGGUCGGCGACAAUACUUGCACUAUGCCCGCUGGGAGGAGGUGCGCAAGACCUGGCUGUCGCACGGAAUUCCAACGGUGAUUGCGAGGAGGCUUGAGGCGUCAUUGGACUCGGGUGGUUGGGAGACUUUGUGA